ACUAUAUUGUUACCAGCUUGACAUAGCGACCGCAUAGUAACGGUGGAACUAAGCAAUUUAUUGUAGUGCGCUGUGGACAUCAGAAGAAAACAUGAGCCAAAGACAAGUUUUGCAAGUUUUUGAGCAGUAUCAGAAGGCCAGGACAGGGUUUGUUCAGACUGUGGCCGAGUUAGCCAGCAGGCCCCAGAAUAUAGAAACCCUUCAGAAUGCAGGGGUUAUGUCCCUUCUGCGUCCACUCCUUUUAGACAUUGUGCCCACAAUCCAGCAGACAGCGGCCUUGGCUCUGGGCAGACUGGCCAACUACAAUGAUGAUCUAGCAGAGGCUGUUGUCAAGGGAGACAUCCUUCCCCAGCUUGUCUACUCCCUGGCUGAACAAAAUAGAUUCUACAAGAAGGCUGCAGCAUUUGUCCUGAGGGCAGUGGCUAAACACUCCCCCCAGCUUGCUCAGUCUGUGGUGGAUUGUGGGGCCCUUGAUGCUCUAGUGAUAUGUUUGGAAGAGUUUGACCCCGGAGUAAAGGAAUCUGCUGCCUGGGCUCUGGGAUACAUAGCGCGUCACAAUGCUGAGUUGGCUCAGGCUGUGGUAGACGCUGGUGCCGUUCCCCUUCUGGUUCUGUGCAUCCAGGAACCAGAACUCUCCCUAAAGAGGAUCGCAGCAUCAGCUCUCAGUGACAUCUGCAAACACUCACCAGAGCUAGCACAGACUGUGGUUGAUGCAGGAGCCAUCGCUCAUCUUGCUCAGAUGAUUCUUAAUCCAGAUGCCAAACUCAAGCGUCAAGUUUUCUCAGCCCUUAGUCAGAUUUCCAAACAUUCAGUCGACCUUGCAGAAAUGGUAGUGGAAGCAGAGAUCUUCCCAGCGGUAUUGACCUGUCUGAAGGACCCCGACGAAUAUGUCAAGAAAAAUGUUGCGACCCUGAUCCGAGAAAUCGCUAAACACACACCAGAGUUGGCUCAGCUGAUUGUGAAUGCAGGGGGUGUGGCUGCUGUCGUGGACUAUGUGGGAGAAUCGAAAGGAAACAUACGACUACCAGGAAUCAUGAUGUUGGGAUAUGUCGCUGCUCAUUCAGAAAAUCUGGCAAUGGCCGUCAUUGUGUCAAAGGGAGUGGUCCAGCUUGCAAUUGCCUUGUCUGAAGAACCAGAGGAUCACAUUCAAGCAGCGGCGGCGUGGGCGUUAGGACAGAUAGGUCGGCACACUCCCGAACACGCAAAGGCAGUGGCAGUCGCCAACGUGUUACCCAAGUUACUACAGUGUUACCUCAGAGCAGAUGCAUCAGAAGAUCUACAGACAAAGAGCAAGAAAGCCCUGAAGAACAUACUACAGAAAUGUGUCCACCUUCCAGCGCUGGAACCACUUCUUCACGAUGCACCACCAAAUAUCCUCAAACAUGUCGUUGGACAGUUCAGCAAAGUUUUACCACAUGACUCCAAAGCCAGGCGUCUGUUUGUCACCAGUGCUGGACUUAAGAAAAUACAAGAAAUCAAGGCUGAACCUGGGUCUGCCCUCGCCGAAUACAUCAACACAAUCAAUAACUGCUACCCAGAGGAAAUUGUCAAGUAUUACUCCCCUGGUUACUCCGACACCCUGCUAGAGCGAGUAGAACAGUACCAGCCCAGUAAAUAAACAGCAAGUGCAAAAAGGACAUAACAUCAAGUGCAAAAAGGACACAAAACAAGUGCAAAAAGGUUGCUUUAAUUUAUGGGACAAAUAGUGACAAGAGAAGAUGGAAGAAUUUCCUUUCUGUAUGCUAGAAGUCUGAAAUAUCGUCUCAAAAUGUUAUUUGGGUGCUUAAUGAAAGUUUGAUGCAUGUCAAGAUUUAUAUUAGUAUUACUCUUUAUUAUGAAACUCAACAAAUUGUAAUAAUCAAUUUUUUGAAACACUUUCCAAUGUAUCAAACUAUAGAUUUAUAUAUAUAUAUAUAUAUAUAUAUAUAUAUAUAUAUAUAUGAUGUGUAGUUUUACUUGGGAGAAUAUUAUUUCAAAGAAAUAACACAGGAAGGAGAAUUUUUAUCAGAUAAUGUUUUACGGCAAUAUUAAAUAACUGUUAGUGUUAGGACACUGAGCAUCACUUUACAGUUAAUACAAACUAUAUUGAUUGGAUUAUGUAUGACUUCAUUACUGUUUAUAACUAUAUUUCCUGUCAUUGAAAUCUAUUAAAUUUUGUUCAAAUUUAA